CACCACAUCCGUCCCAGCUGAGAGAAGUCCGCUGCCCGGUGCGAGCCCGCCGCAACGUGGGGAGACAACGCCGCCAUUCACGCUCACCAGGCUGGGCCCCACAGCAGCCACCUUUCUGGCUUCCGGGCAGCCGCGGUCGGCUGCAAACCCUUCCACCGAGCAUCACUGACCUGCAUACAGCAAGCCUGACACCACUAAGAAGAAACAGAACCGGACGCGCCCACCCUAACGCACAGCGCGCCGGAACUGGGCAGCCGGAAGCUGGCGGCAAUCGCGCACGUACCUCAGCUCCCGCCAGCCCGGAAGUCGGAGCGCGCGUUUCUUAGCGACGACAUGAGCGGGGCUCGGGAGCUCCUGCUCGCCCUGCUGCUGGCGCGCGUGGUGGGGGGUGGGCCCGGCACCGCGCUCGGGGCCACGGCCGAGCUCACCGCCGGGGGCCCGCAUAAGGCGGUUCGCCGAAACGAGGCGGCGGCUCCGUACCGAGCCUCUGCCGUCCGCGUGGUCCGGGCCGGCGCCCAGAUCUCUGCCGGCGAUCCUCUGCCAUUCCUCCACCGCCGCGCCCCGAGGGCAGCGCCGAGCCCUCUCCCCGCUGCCAGAGGCUUGCCCGCCCGCGGCCGGCCGCCCGGCGUCUGCAGCCUCUGCCGCCCCGGAGCCGGUAGCUCGUCCCGCCUCGCCAGCAGCAGGUCUGUGAAUCAAGUGUGUGUGGAAAAGUCACUCAUAUUCAGAAGUAAUACUCCUUAUCGUACCAAUACCAUUGCUGUCUCUGGUGGACCUGAUCUGUUCUGUGUGCAGCUGGAUGACCCGACGUCGAACUAUUUCCAACAGCCAAAGCGUAUCAAAGAAUCUGAUUUUCCGAAGCUCUUGAGGAAGUAUGGCGGGCACUCUUUCUUAGCGCUGUCGCAAGUCCAGCCAUCAUUCUCUGCCUUUUACCGAGUGGGUGAUCCAAUCCUAAUCUACUUUGAUUCGUUAUCCAUACUGAGUGUGCUUAGACAGCCAGUAAAAAUGGGAGUCAGUGGACUUUGUGUGGAUGGAAAUCCUGCUGGCUUCCUGGAAAGUAAAAGCACAAGCUGUACUCGCACUUUCACCAACCUGAGCAGGAGCUGUGUUACUGACCCUGCCCUAGAUGCUGCCUCCUACUACCGUGACUUUGCAGUACUAAAGUUCGUGCCCACUGCCCCUUGCCCUGGCACUGAGCACCUCCGAAAAGAGCAUGGCUGCAUUCUCUUUGCACUCUCCCUUCAGGUUCCGAUCAUUGACACCAUUGCAGAGUCCAUGAAGGUAAAGAUCAGCCCAGUUGGACCACCUGGAGCUCCGUAUAUGAAAGAUAACAUGUGUAACAAUGCUGUUUCUGAGGUGAUCUAUGAGAUAGAAUUUAAUGGUACCCAUGGGAUUCAGAGUGUGUCUGUUCGGUUCAAAGUGACCAGCAUCUCUGGGAACUCUGGAUUCUCACUUCAGCAGCACUUCACGUUGCAUUUCUGGACCAGGACACUUUCUCAUCAGCUGCCUAGAAGUGGAAAUCCUGGUUAUAUCACUGGAGCACCACUGCUGAUUGCAAACACUAGUGCAGUGCAGCACAUGAGCAUUUUACAGAGUGAGAGUGAUGGAAGUUGCUCGCAGUUUCUGAGACACACAGUACGAUUUGGAAGCAAUAUGAGGACUGGCUGCAAACUCAGACUAACUCAAAUGGAAGAAAGUAAUUGCAGUUACGUCCAACUGAAGUUAUACAAGGCUUUUCAGGGGAUGAACCAAGCAGAGGACCUUGCUAUAAUUGGCAGUGCUCAUUCAACCCAAGUGGAAGAGCGGAUGACCAUUCUGAUCCAGAACUGCAGUGUACAAACUAAGAAUUGCAGUUCAUGUUGCAUGGUUCCUGUGACCUUGGAUAUACAGAUAUUGUGGGCUAAGAUGGGCCUCCUGUCCAACCCACAAGCUCAAAUAUUGGGUGUACGGUACUUUUAUCAGUGUCAUCCCCUAAAGUUCCUGCGCACAAGCUUGGUGCCUUUGACAACUGUUGUUACCUUCACUGACAUGACGGAAUGGCCAGAACCUCCACGUGGCCUGCCCAAAACACACUGGAAACUCCCAUUUGACUUUUUUUUUCCAUUCAAAGCGGUACUGAAUGUUGAAAGAAGUUACAGAGAUGAUUUGACUGCCUGCUUUGUUGUGAUUCUAAUACUGUCUAGUAUUCUCUGUUUUUGAAGAGAGUCAAAUAGAUGGGACAUGUACUUAAAGUUCAGUAAGUGAAUUUAUACAUUCAUAGCAUGAUCCAGAUCAUAAACUUUUCGUCAGGUUCUUAUACUGUGUCUAUGGUAUCUUGCGUGCCUUCUGUUGAUGGAUUAAUUCACAUGACUA